UCGACGUCACUGUUUGUGCUUCUUUGGGGAAGAUGGCGGAGGCUGCGGCUGUUCCCCCGCAUCGGUUUUUCUGUCAUUGUUGUAAGGGAGAAGUAAACCCUAAACUCCCAGAAUACAUCUGUCCAAGAUGUGAUUCAGGUUUCAUAGAGGAAGUAACAGAUGACUCCAGUCUCCUAGAGGGUGGCGCUAAUGGGAUAGAUGACACAGCCACACAGUUUGCAGAGCUAUGGCAUCUCUUGUUGCUGGAGCGACCGUUUACCACAGACAGAGACAGUCCCGACUCUGACCAUCGGAUCCGCGGAGAACGCCUGAUGGGCUUUGGUGAUCUGGGGGGGUUGGGAGGUGGAUCGAUUGGGGGAUCUGUCCCGACAGGCCUAGGAGGAUCCAUGGGGGGCCUGCUAGGAUCUGGGGACAACUGGGGACAAGGGCGUCCCCCUCGUUUAAACAGCCAGAGGAGAUACAGGUCCAGAGGCAGCAGUCGGCCUGAUCGCUCCCCAGCUGUGGAAGGUUCUCUCUCUGACAGGAUCGUACAGCAGUUUCUAGCUGGACUCUUUGCCAACUCUGGAGUUCCUGGCUCACCUCCUCUGUCAUGGACAGGGAUGCUGCACUCUAACCCAGGAGAUUAUGCAUGGGGGCAGGGAGGGUUAGAUGCUGUCAUAACACAGUUACUAGGUCAACUAGAGAACACCGGCCCACCUCCAGCAGAGAAAGAGAAGAUUUCUUCCCUCCCGACUGUCAGCAUCACUCAGGAACAAGCAGACUGCUGUAUGGAAUGCCCAGUGUGCAAAGAAGACUUUGCAGUGGGAGAACCAGUCAGACAGCUACCCUGUAACCACUUCUUUCACUCAGGCUGUAUAGUACCAUGGCUGGAAAUGCAUGACACGUGUCCAGUGUGUCGGAUGAGUUUGAACGGAGAAGACAGCAGCAGUCAGCCCUCAUCAGAGUCCCCCUCGCUCUCUACGGACCCCCGCACACAGGAGAGAUGGUCCUUUUGAGACACCCAGUUAUCUCAUUCUCUGCUUUCCGUCAACUACAUCCAACAACAAAAAAAAACUUGCUACUCAUUUUCCACAUUUUCUCUCUGUUCCCUUCUGGAUAAUUUGAGUCUCUUUGUAUAUUUAUUUUCUAUUUUUAAUGCCUUCUUCUUCAGUCAUGUACCCUCUUUAAGACGUCUUAAUUUGUUGUGGUUUGCUAAAGCUAUUAUUUGUCCGAUAGACCAGCCUAGAUUGACUCUACUUUUGCCCUGUAUUAUUUUGUUUUUCUUCCCAAACAGCAAACUUUUCUUCCUAUACAUUGCUGCAACACUCCGCUGGGUAAAAAAAGAAGACAAACUUUUUCCGAGACGAGCAAAACGCAGCCACUAUGCCCUGUAAUGCUACUGCUCCAUGCAGACCGCAAAAGUGCACAAUUUUAGGAUUCGUGAAAUCUUGUAGAUGUUCUAAUAAAAUUGUAAUGAACUGAUAUUUAGUUAGAAGACAAGUAUGAUAUAGAAAAAAAAAUACAUGAGUUUGGCACAUUUUUUGUGAUGCUGGUUCCUUCAGCACCCCGGACAGCUCAGGGUCCAGCAGGAACAGCUUUAUGUGCCCCCCCCCCUCACCACCAUCUGAAUUAUGCAAAGGAAACACUAGCUGCUAAAAACACUGCUUUGAAUAACUCCAGGGUGGUGGGUUUUAACGAGGCUCACACCAGCCAGAAGACUGUCGGAGGAGCUGAUUGUCUGCUUCAUGACUUGAUGAAUAGGAAAAAAAAUUAUAGGAAGACCUCGAGAUUAAUUACGUAAGAAGAAACUGUCUUUUUUUUAAUUCAUGAGUCCAGGACAAACAUUUUAAAGAGCACAAAACAAAUGCCAUGACUUCCAAAAUGAUGAAGAUUUGUGAAAAACUAAUCGGUUACAAAUUCAA